AUGGCUGCUGCAGGGACCCCAUUCCCGCCCUCCAACCUCACCUCCGGCAACCAGAGCAGCUGCAACGUGCACAACCACUACUUCUCCUCCAAAGUCGCGUUCGCCCUUUUCUACACCGGCCUGCUGGUGUUCGGUGCCUGCGGCAACAUCCUGGCUCUCUGCAUCACCUUCCAGCGCAGGAAGAAGAAGCUCAACUCCACCGACCUCUACCUGGUGAACCUGGCCCUCUCCGACGCCCUCUUCACCCUGGCGCUGCCCGGCAGGAUCGCCUACUACAUCCUGGAGUCCGACUGGCCCUUCGGCGACUGGUGCUGCCGAGCCACCGCCUUCAUCUUCUACAUGAACACCUACGUGAGCAUCUACUUCAUGACAUGCGUGAGCGUGGACCGCUACAUCGCGGUGGUGCGCACGGGGCGCGCCGGGCGGGCGCGGAACAGCGGCCGCGCCAGGGCCGUCUGUGCCCUCACCUGGUCCCUGGUGUUCCUCCAGACCGCGCCGCUGCUGCUGCGGCCCAUGACGCGCAGGGUGGGGGGCAAGCUGACCUGCAUGGAGUACUUCAACUUCGAGGAGGUUCCCAAGCUGCCUUACCUGCUGCUGGGGGCUUGCGUGCUCGGGUUCUUCCUCCCCGUGGGCAUCAUCUUGGUGUGCUACGUGAGGAUCAACCUCAAGCUCUGCCAGACGGCCAAGGAGAACCCGCUGACGGUGAAGAACGGGCACCACCGCCGGGCCUUCACCAUCAUCCUGGUGGUGCUGCUGGCUGUCCUGCUCUGCUUCAGCCCCUACCACCUCAACAUCGUCCAGUUCAUGGUCAGGAAGAUCCUCUACCAGCCAUCCUGCCGCGAGCAGCAAGCCUUCAAGAUGUCCCUUCAAGUCACUGUGGCGUUCAUGAACCUCAACUGCUGCAUAGACCCCUUCAUCUACUUCUUUGCCUUCCGGGGCUACAAGCGGAGGCUGCUCCUCAUCUUCAGGAACAGUGGCUCAAUGACCACUACCUCGAAGACCCCCUCCGAGAGCAACAGCAACAACCAGCCACCCGGCUCCGUCUCUGUCUAG